AUGGCUUCGCGGGCUGACCAGUGCAUGAGCACCUGCAUCAUGCCGUUCUUCCUUUUGGCACUUAUAGCGGCGUUAUUCGACGUGUUCAACGUGAUUCAGAUUCUGUCAGCUCCAUACCCCGGAGCUGGGAACAUGUUUUCUCAAGACUGCCCCAAACCGGUUCCAGCCAUCCUCAGAAAGAACACCACCAUCUACCUCAAAGACGCUGCCGUAAACGGGACUGCGGCCUACGUUGUUCCUCAAAAUACUCAGGUAGAUCUGCCUAGAAAUAUUUGCAGCGCAGCUUGGGUGGUUGGAAAUGUGGCAUUGCUCCUCGGCACCCUUCUGGACAUUGUUGCGGCCCGGGUGGGCUACAAGAUGUUCAAGAUCAGCAUGGAGCUCAUGCAGGAUCCGUCACAGGGGGGCUUGGGCCAGCUGAUGAUGACACAGCAGGGCGGCGCAGGCCCCGGAGAUGAAGGUGGCCCAGGGCCAAGGCCGCAGCGGCAGCAGCCGGCGCGGCAGCAGGGCUUUCAACCUUUCCAAGGCUCAGGUCAGACUCUCACGGCAUGA